CUGCUCGAAGGGAGCACGAGCUCUGAGGUCUGAGCUCUGUCUGUGAUUGGAGGAGAAAGACCGAGUCCAAAAACUAUCAGCCAGGAAACGUCUCGAGUUUCAGGGGGGAGUGACAUUUCUUCAGGGGGUUGGAAAGAGAGAGAGAGAGAGAGAGAGAAAAAAAUCUCUGUAAACCUGACAAAGCGUCCGAGAACAGCCAGUAUCCUCAGAGACUGCGCUCAUGUCACUGGAUGUGUAUUUUGGGAUGGAUGUUUUAUUCUGUGUUUGUUGCGGUGUUGCAUCUCUUGCCCUUUGGUGAAGCAACAACAACAACUUUGGUUUACGGACGAAAAAAAGUUCUGCUGGGACGCGUAAUUUUUCUCUCUCCUCUGGAAGGAUUUACACAAACACGCACGGAUACUAUCGCUGGCUCGCUGUUGGCAUGCGAUCCUGUUUUUGGUGCGCUGCUGGAUUUUGGGAAUAGGGAAUAGUUUUGCUCGCAUUCCUGUCUGGAUUCGGCCCAUGAGCUCCCUGUUUAUAUGCGGAUCCUGAACUUCACUAUCUGCUCCUUCUCUCUCAGGUGAUUGGUGAGAAUUCCAGUGAGUGACCGACCGUACAGCCUGCAGUUCAUGGUUGGGUGGAGCACCUCAGAUGGGAUCCGUGUCCAGGGGGAGGCCGAGGAGGGGGGGAUGGGGAGACACACUCUCUGUUGACGGGAUGUCCUCCCUCCGGGGGUGGCUUCUGGGUGCGCUCCUACUCUUGACCCUGGCGACGGCGUCCGUGGCAAGGCCGUCGUUGAGAAAUGCCGAAGAGGUCGAGGCAACGAUUGAACCUGAAGAGCCUCCAACCAAAAACCAAAACUCUAAGCCCACCCUGUGCUCGGUGCACCCGGGUGAACUGCUCAAGCUCAACUGCCCACUGCCCGAGGCGGCCGCCAUCAUCUGGACCAAAGACGGCUCCUCGCUGGGCCCUGACAACCGCACGCUCAUAGAUCAGGAGUGGCUACAGAUCCGCGACGCCACCCCUAAGGACUCGGGCCUGUAUGCGUGCAGUGUCGCGGGCUCAAAGGCCAGCGACGCGCUUUGCUUCAUCGUAAACGUUACAGAUGCCAUCUCAUCCGGUGACGAUGAGGACGACACGGAGCGAUCGGACGAUGUUGGGGCGGACGGCGAACAAAUGCGGGCACCAUAUUGGACCUCUCCGGAGAAGAUGGAGAAGAAGCUGCACGCCGUCCCGGCUGCCAACACUGUGAAGUUUCGGUGCGCGGCAGCUGGAAACCCCAAGCCCAAAAUGCGCUGGCUGAAAAACGCAAAACUCUUCAGACAGGAGGAUCGCAUGGGCGGCUACAAGGUCCGGCUCCAGCACUGGACUCUAAUCAUGGAGAGUGUCGUUCCCUCUGAUAAAGGAAACUACACCUGCCUGGUGGAGAACGCCUAUGGGUCCAUCAAUCACACCUACACGCUGGAUGUAGUAGAACGAUCUCCUCACCGGCCCAUUCUCCAGGCAGGCCUGCCGGCCAACAUCACCGUUCAUGUCGGAGGCGAAGCACGGUUCGUCUGUAAAGUUUACAGUGACGCUCAGCCUCACAUCCAGUGGCUGAAGCACAUCAUGAACAACGGCAGCCGUUACGGUCCCGACGGACUCCCCUUUGUCCGGGUGUUAAAGACGGCAGGUGUGAACACUACGGACAAAGAGAUCGAGGUGCUCUACCUGUCUAAUGUAACUUUCGAGGAUGCGGGCGAGUAUACAUGCUUGGCGGGUAACUCUAUUGGGAUCUCCUAUCACACUGCUUGGUUGACGGUGCUUCCAGCCGAGCCAGACGCCAUCGAGACGGACUACCCUCCCGACUAUGUGGAGAUCGCCAUCUACUGCAUAGGCGUCUUUCUCAUCGCCUGUAUGGUGGUGAUCGUGGUGGUGUGCCGAAUGAGGACGUCGGCUAAGAAGCCUGAUUUCGGGAGUCAGCCGGCGGUGCACAAGCUGACCAAACAGAUCCCUCUGCGCCGCCAGGUAACAGUGUCCUCUGACUCCAGCUCCUCCAUGAGCUCUAGCACGCCAUUGGUCAGAAUCACCACUCGCCGUAGCUCCGCCCACGACGACCCCAUCCCAGAGUAUGACCUCCCUGAGGACCCGCGCUGGGAGUUCUCAAGAGACAAGUUAACUCUGGGUAAACCGCUUGGCGAGGGCUGCUUUGGGCAGGUCGUGAUGGCUGAAGCUCUCGGCAUCGACAAGGACAAACCUAAAGAGGCCGUGACGGUGGCUGUCAAGAUGCUGAAAAAACAACUCGGCUCUUUUAGACUGUAUAAUGCAGAAGACAGAGUGGGGUGUUCAAAGAAAAGCAAAGUUUUCGAAGAUGAAGAUGAUGCAACAGAGAAAGAUCUUUCUGACCUGGUGUCAGAGAUGGAGAUGAUGAAGAUGAUUGGCCGGCACAAGAACAUCAUCAAUCUGUUGGGAGCGUGUACACAGGACGGUCCAUUAUAUGUCAUAGUAGAGUACGCAUCUAAGGGUAACCUUCGGGAGUAUUUGAGGGCCCGGCGGCCCCCAGGAAUGGAGUACUCGUAUGAUAUCGCCCGAGUAUCAGAUGAGCCUCUCACCUUCAAAGAUCUGAUCUCCUGCACUUAUCAAGUAGCCCGUGGCAUGGAGUAUUUAGCCUCACAGAAGUGUAUACACAGGGAUCUGGCUGCCAGGAAUGUGUUGGUCACAGAAAGCAACUUUAUGAAGAUUGCAGACUUUGGGCUGGCCAGAGACGUCCACAAUAUAGAUUACUAUAAAAAGACCACAAACGGUCGUCUGCCAGUGAAAUGGAUGGCUCCAGAGGCGCUGUUCGACCGGGUGUACACGCACCAGAGUGAUGUCUGGUCGUUUGGGGUUUUAAUGUGGGAGAUCUUCACGCUCGGCGGUUCUCCGUAUCCUGGAAUACCUGUCGAGGAGCUUUUCAAGCUACUAAAAGAGGGUCAUCGCAUGGACAAACCGGCUAACUGCACCAACGAGUUGUACAUGAUGAUGAAGGACUGCUGGCAUGCGAUCUCUUCCCACAGGCCCACAUUCAAACAGUUGGUUGAGGACUUGGACCGCAUUCUCACUUUGGCAACCAACGAGGAGUAUCUGGACCUGUGUGCCCCAGUGGAGCAGUAUUCUCCCAGUUUCCCCGACACACGCAGCUCCUGCUCUUCCGGAGACGAUUCCGUCUUCUCUCACGACCCUUUAGCGGACGAGCCCUGCCUUCCCAAGUACCAGCACAUCAACGGAGGCAUAAAAACAUGAGCCCGUUCAACGUCCUCCAGACCCACCACAUCCAAGCUACACCUCCAGUCCUCAAAAAGAGUGAAAGACUUUUACCCACAGUUCACUUUUUUUUACCCACCCAGAACCGUACGCUGCCUCAAGACCCCUGGUGAAGCUCCCGCUGGACUUUGGGAGCGUGCCGAGGGAGGCUGAGACGCCCGAGUGCUGCUUUUUCCGGAAAGAAACUGAAGUGUGUGAAGAGCAGGUGUUUUUUUUUUAUUUUUAUUUUUAUGGAAACACACACUUGCGCACACAAAAACACGUGACCAAGCUCUUAAGAAGAGGACGAGGACCAGAGAAAAGUGACUGUUCUCAAGGGCCCGCCUCUUUUUAUUUUGUUGUUUAUUUUGCAGAUUUCUUUUCCGUUUAUGUUGGAAUUUUCUUCCAUUCUUGCCAUCAUUUCAUUGCUUGGCAUUCCAGGAGUCUGUGUUCCCAAGUGAAAUGAAACGGAGCACGUGUACAGAACUCUUCAGAGACUAAAAGGAGAAAAUAGGAAACGAGUACUAUAUGGAAACACACAACUAACAGAAGAAGAAGUAGAAGAAAACAUAUCACUGCCUCCGGUUGUUUUUUUUUUAAAUGUUCAGUUUUUACCGUGAUAACUCGGUUAUCGUACAAAAGCCCAAGCAGUUAUCCUCAUUGGUAAAAAAUAAUAAUAAUAAUAUUAAAACAUGGUAUAUAGUGCUGGGUAUAUUUGUAAAUAUAUUCAAAUAUGUAAAAAUAUAUAUUAUAUAUUUACAAUGAAUUAUUUUUUUGUAUGGACUUCCGAACAAUUCCUCCCCUUUCCCUCUUUUUCUCCAGAGUCAAAAAUGCUCUAGAUGUUUCUAUUACAUUCCCAGACAAACAUUCGCACAUGUACAGCAGGACUCGACAUUAAAGAAAGUGUUGUUUUUUUUUUGCUGUUAAAACAGGAAGUUUAUGUUCUUUGUCUUCUAUUAGGAGUUUACUAGCAUUUAGAUGACCUCAAAAUUAACAAAUGUGCACUAAAAGCCACAAAACUCUUAUUUUGGUGCAGUUACGUUCCAGACACAUUGAGCUGUGGUGCUGGUUUGAAUCCAGGAAACGUUUAAUGUCGGGUCCUGCGCGACUGACACAGUCACGUAUUGGCUUUCAGGGAAAGAGAUAGCAUGUUAAUUUAUUGACUUAUGUUAAAAAGAAUCAAAAGGAUAAAUAAAGAUCAAAAUAAUAAAGAGAUAAUAAUAUUAAUGAUGACAGUAGAAACGAUAAUGAUUCAUAAUGCUUAUUUUGUAAUUUAAAAUGACAUUUCAGUGAGGUAAUGGUACAAAUAAUUAUUUGUAGCUGGUAUCGAAAUAUUUGCAUUUCUUACGGUUUUUAUAUAUAUAUAUAUAUAUACAAAUGUGAAUGGUAAGUUAAAAUGCAAAAAUAACGUACAUUUUUAUAGUCAGCUAAUCCCUUUUCUAUUGUAGAGGAUGUUGUUUACUCACACUGAAUUUUGCAUUUGAAUUUGACAAAAUACUGGAAAAAAAAGGUUGCAGUAUAUAUAUUUUUUGCAGUUUUACCCACACCAACAAUACAGUUUUUCAAAACACAGAAGUAUUAAUUGUUCAAGUGUUUCAUUUUCUUCCAGGCAAAAAUGAGAUGAGGUUGUUCACAACAAAUGUUCCUGACAGAUUUGUAAAAUUAAAGAUGGAAAAAAUGAA